CCGUUAUCUUGACCCUCAUCCGCAUGUGAUUGACUCAGCUACCAUAUCGUAUAUCUCUGUACAUCAGACACAGGUAUUAACUGUUCAAUGUUGAUGGUAUUUUCUAUUCAAAUGAUCGGAUUCGGCAACAUUUAGCGUGGCCCAGCAUUCAACAAGGAUUAUGUACAUCACCUGAUGGACCUGUGAGGAUACACAACAUGGGAGGGUCACAGUCAGGGGCGCGAUCAUCAAAACCUCUUCUGUAUGACGACGUUUUUGAAAGUUCAACAGCAACGGCCACAACCCUGUACUGCUGCUGUCUGCGUAGAGAAAUUCAAUUGCCCAUAAAGUAUGGCAGCGACCAGAAACAACUGGCAUAUCGCUUACAAGAGUACCCUAUGUUGAUGGAUCCAGUCGCCUUCCGGGUCCAUUCUGCGGUCACUGACAAACGGUUUGUGAAGGCUAUGUUCAGUUUUGUGGAGUGUUCCGGACACGUGUCUCUACAGGACACCGAAACUGAUGACGUAGCUGAGGUCAGUCCGCUCGUUGUCUUCUGUCUCAACAACAGUUCCGUGGACGCAGAUGCGGGGAGAGCUCUCAGCGAGGCCAGAGAGGGUAACGACGUAUUUCUGGUGGUGAUUAAGAAAGUGAACCCCAACUCCCCUUACAAUAACACCCUGAGUCUCUCAGCUAAAAAUAGGCGUCGCAUUGGUGGGUGUGGAAUACUUACAUACUCAACAGAUUCCAAGAAGUUCCAGGAAACAGAUGACAAUAUGGACAUGUUAAGGCGACUACGUCACUUCCUGCUGGAUGCAGCUGUUGAAAUUGAUUAAACAUGUGAACUUUUCAUGCACCUUACACCUACGUGCGCCUAGAAUGUGUCAAACUUCCACUCUACAAUCAGUAAUGUGCAAGCUUUAAGGCUAUAAUCUUUAAAGAUGUUCAGUUUGCUUUCCCAAAA